AUGGCAGACAAAAGUACUGAAGCUGCUCAGUCUAAGGAGGUUCAGAAUCCCCCAAGUUCUCAUGAACCUCCAAAACCCAAAACUGAGAAAGAAUUAGAACGUGAACGUCAGAAAGCUGCAAAGCUUGAGAAGUUUCACGCCAAAUUAGCCUCAAAGAAGGCUAAGGAGGAGUCCAGAAAGCCAAAGAUCGAAAAGAAGUCCAAGAUCGCUGAACCUACAGCUGAAUUUGUGGAACAAACAAAACUUGGUGAAAAGAAGAUUCUUCAAGAUUUGGAAUCUCCCUCUUUAAAGUCAUAUAAUCCAAGGGCCGUUGAAUCAGCUUGGUAUGACUGGUGGGUUAAAUCUGGAUUUUUUGAGCCCGAAUUUGGCCCUGACGGCAAGGUGAAAGAGGAGGGUAAGUUCGUUAUAACCUCUCCCCCUCCUAAUGUCACUGGUGCUCUCCAUAUCGGUCAUGCCCUCACUAUCGCAAUUCAAGAUUCUUUGGCUCGUUGGAAUCGUAUGAAGGGCAAGACUGUGCUUUUCUUGGGAGGUUUCGAUCAUGCAGGCCUUAGUACCCAGUCUGUCGUCGAGAAGAAGCUUUGGGCUGAAAAAAAGCAGACUCGCCACGACUACCCCAGAAAUGAUUUCGUCGACAUUGUCUGGAAGUGGAAAGAGGAGUAUCACGAACGAAUUAAGAAGCAAAUGUCCCGUCUUGGUGGCUCAUUUGAUUGGACUCGUGAGGCUUUCACUAUGGAUGAGAACCUUACUCGUGCUGUCGUCGAAACUUUUGUCCGCUUGCAUGAGGAAAAGAUUAUCUACCGUGCCAAUCGUCUUGUAAAUUGGUGUACCGCUUUGCAAACUACUUUGUCCAACUUGGAAGUUGAGAACGUUGAAGUGAACGGACGUACCGAAAUCAAGGUCCCUGGUUAUGAUCACCUUGUCGAAGUCGGUGUCUUAACAUCAAUUGCUUAUGAAGUCGAAGGCUCUGAUGAAAAAGUUAUCAUCGCAACCACUCGUCCUGAAACUUUGCUUGGUGAUACCGCAAUUGCUGUACAUCCUCAAGAUUCUCGUUACAAGCAUCUUCAUGGAAAGUCUGUUAAGCAUCCCUUCUGUGACCGAAGCCUUCCCAUCAUCUGCGACGAUAUUGCGGUUGAUAUGGAAUUUGGUACUGGUGCCGUUAAAAUUACGCCUGCUCAUGAUCCUAACGAUUAUGAAGUUGGUAAGCGUCACAAUCUUGCUUUUAUAAACAUUUUGAAUGACGACGGCACCUUGAACCAAAGUUGCGGCGAAUUUGCUGGAAUGAAGCGUUUCGAUGUCCGUAUCAAGAUUGCUGAGCGCCUUAAGGAGCUUGGCUUGUUUGUGGGUACACAAGAUAACCCAAUGGUUAUCCCUGUUUGCGGUAAAACAUCUGAUAUUAUCGAGCCUAUUAUGAAACCUCAGUGGUGGGUUAACCAAAAGGAAAUGGCUAAUGCUGCCGCCGAAGUUGUACGAUCUGGUGAAAUUGACAUUGCUCCUGAGGUCUCUCGUAGAGAUUUUAUCCGUUGGAUGGAAAACAUUCAAGAUUGGUGUAUUUCUCGUCAAUUAUGGUGGGGCCACCGUAUCCCUGCCUACUUUGUUAAGCUCAGCGAUGCAAAGAACCACGACAAAAGCGAUGAUCGUUACUGGGUUAGUGGUAGAUCAAUUGAAGAAGUCGAAGAGAAAGCCAAGGCAGCUUUUCCCGGUAAGUCUUUUACCUUGGAGCAAGACGAAGAUGUUCUUGACACUUGGUUUUCUUCAGGCUUGUGGCCUUUCUCUACCUUGGGCUGGCCCAAUGAAACUGCUGACCUCAAAGCAUUUUACCCAACUGAUUUGAUGGAAACUGGAUGGGAUAUUUUGUUCUUUUGGAUUGCUCGUAUGGUCAUGAUGGGUAUCAAACUUACAGGCCAAGUUCCUUUCAAGCGCGUCUUUUGCCAUGCUCUUGUUCGUGAUGCUCAAGGACGUAAGAUGUCCAAGUCUUUGGGUAAUGUCGUUGACCCUAUUGACGUGAUUGAGGGUAUCAGCCUUCAAGCUCUGCAUGAUAAGCUUUUGGUUGGUAAUUUGGACAACCGUGAGAUCGAAAAAGCAAAGAAGGGUCAAAAGAUGAGCUAUCCCAAGGGUAUCCCUCAGUGUGGUACCGACGCAUUACGUUUCACCCUCUGUUCAUUGACAAGUGGUGGACGUGACCUUAACUUGGACAUUCUUCGUGUUGAAGGUUAUCGUAAAUUCUGCAAUAAGCUUUACAAUGCUACAAAGUUCGCCUUAGGACGCCUUGGACCCUCCUUCGUCCCCAAUGAAACUGAUAAGCCUACUGGCAAAGAGUCACUUGUUGAAAAAUGGAUUUUCCAUCGUUUAAAUGUUGCCGUAGAUGCUAUGAACAAGUAUAUGGAAGAGAUGAAUUUCUUACAAGCAACUUCUGCCGUUUACCAAUUCUGGCUUUAUGAGUUGUGUGACGUUUAUAUUGAAAACUCCAAAUACUUGAUCAGUGAUGGAUCCCCAAUUCAACAAGAGUCUGCCAAGCAAACUCUUUAUACUGUUCUAGACACUUCUUUAAGAUUGAUGCAUCCUUUCAUGCCUUAUGUUACCGAAGAAAUGUUUCAGCGUCUUCCUCGUCGUCCUAGCGAUGCUACUCCCAGUAUCGUGAAGGCUAAAUUUCCUGUGAGCAGAGAAGACUAUGCCUUUGAGCAAGCUGCUAAGGACUACGAAUCUAUUAUUACAGUUGUUCACUCGAGUCGUUCCAUGAUGGCUGAUAAUAGUGUUAAAUCUGAUGCUGUCUUGUACGUUCACCCUGGCCAAAAGCAGCAAGAGUUAUUUAAUGCCGAAAUUGCCAGUAUUCAAUCUUUGAUUAAGAAAUGCAAAUCGUUGAAGAUUGUUGAUACUGACUUCAAGGGUGAAAACUGUGCAAAAUCGGAUAUUUUGGAGGGUUGUACUGUCUUUUUGGAAAAGGGUGAGUAA